CGAGCGUGGUGCCCUGUGGCAGGCAGUCUGGGGUGCGUCCUCCCGGAGGGCAAUCUGCGAUGACCCUGGCGCGGAGCUGAGGCUGCGACCCGAACUCCCUCCGCGCCCUCGCCAUGCAGAAGAGCUUGCGCUACAACGAGGGGCACGCCUUGUACCUGGCCUUGUUGGCGCGCAAGGAGGGCACCAAGCGCGGCUUCCUGAGCAAGAAGGCUGCCGAGGCGAGCCGCUGGCACGAGAAGUGGUUCGCUCUCUACCAGAAUGUGCUCUUUUACUUCGAAGGCGAGCAGAGCGGCCGCCCAGCGGGCAUGUACCUUCUAGAGGGCUGCAGCUGUGAGAGGACGCCCGCACCACCCAGGACCAACGCAGGAUCUGCAGGCACCCGGGACGCUUUGGAUAAGCAGUAUUACUUCACUGUCCUUUUUGGGCACGAUGGUCAGAGACCACUGGAGCUGCGCUGCGAGGAGGAACAGGACGGGAAAGAGUGGAUGGAGGCCAUUCACCAAGCCAGUUACUCGGACAUUUUGAUUGAGAGGGAAGUGUUAAUGCAGAAGUACAUUCAUCUAGUUCAGAUUGUGGAGACAGAAAAAAUUGCCACUAAUCAACUCCGGCAUCAACUCGAAGAUCAAGAUACCGAAAUUGAAAGGCUUAAAUCAGAGAUCGUUGCUCUUAAUAAGACCAAGGAACGGAUGCGUCCACGCCGCACCCAUCAAGAGGAGGAGGAUCCAGACAUCAAAAAGAUCAAGAAGGUUCAGAGCUUCAUGAGAGGAUGGCUGUGCAGGAGGAAGUGGAAGACCAUUGUACAGGACUACAUUUGUUCUCCCCAUGCUGAGAGCAUGAGGAAGAGAAACCAGAUUGUGUUCACCAUGGUGGAGGCCGAGACGGAGUAUGUGCAUCAGCUUUCCAUCCUGGUGAACGGUUUCCUCAGGCCUCUGCGCAUGGCGGCCAGCUCCAAGAAGCCUCCCAUUAGCCACAAUGAUGUCAGCAGCAUUUUUCUCAACAGUGAAACAAUCAUGUUCCUUCAUGAAAUAUUCCAUCAAGGACUAAAGGCAAGGCUGGCAAAUUGGCCUACUUUGGUUUUAGCUGAUCUAUUUGAUAUUUUGCUGCCCAUGCUGAACAUUUAUCAAGAAUUUGUCCGCAAUCACCAGUACAGCCUCCAAGUACUUGCCAACUGUAAGCAAAACAGAGAUUUUGACAAGCUCUUAAAGCAGUAUGAAGCCAACCCUGCCUGUGAGGGAAGGAUGCUGGAGACAUUCUUGACCUACCCCAUGUUUCAGAUUCCCAGGUAUAUCAUCACGCUGCAUGAACUCCUGGCUCACACCCCCCAUGAACACGUGGAGAGGAAAAGUCUGGAGUUUGCUAAGUCAAAGCUGGAGGAACUGUCCAGAGUGAUGCAUGAUGAAGUCAGUGAGACAGAGAACAUAAGAAAAAACCUCGCCAUUGAGAGGAUGAUCGUGGAAGGCUGUGACAUUCUGCUGGACACCAGCCAGACUUUCAUCCGACAAGGUUCUCUUAUCCAAGUACCUUCUGUGGAGAGGGGGAGACUCAGUAAAGUCCGCCUGGGCUCCCUGUCUCUGAAAAAGGAAGGCGAGAGGCAAUGCUUCCUGUUCACAAAGCACUUUCUCAUUUGUACGCGAAGUUCAGGAGGCAAGCUACAUUUGCUCAAGACAGGUGGGGUUCUCUCCCUCAUGCAGUGUACGUUGAUUGAGGAGCCUGAUGCAGGUGACGAUGACUCCAAAGGUUCUGGCCACGUGUUUGGACAUCUGGAUUUUAAGAUCGUAGUGGAGCCUCCGGAUGCUGCUUCUUUCACUGUGGUCUUGUUAGCACCUUCACGCCAAGAGAAAGCUGCGUGGAUGAGCGACAUCAGUCAGUGUGUGGACAAUAUACGAUGUAAUGGAUUGAUGACGAUAGUCUUCGAAGAGAAUUCCAAAGUUACUGUGCCACAUAUGAUUAAGUCUGAUGCCCGUCUUCACAAAGACGACACUGACAUCUGUUUCAGUAAAACCCUCAAUUCCUGCAAAGUGCCCCAGAUCCGCUACGCCAGCGUGGAGCGCCUCUUGGAGCGGUUGACCGACUUGCGCUUUCUGAGCAUCGACUUCCUCAACACCUUCCUGCAUACCUACCGCAUCUUUACCACAGCCGCCGUAGUGCUGGCGAAGCUCUCCGACAUCUACAAGAGGCCUUUCACCUCCAUUCCUGUCAGGUCAUUAGAGUUAUUUUUUGCCAUGAGCCAAAACAACAGAGAACAUUUAGUAGAUGGAAAAUCACCACGUCUCUGUCGCAAGUUCUCCUCCCCACCUCCCCUGGCUGUGUCCAGAACGUCCUCCCCAGUGAGGGCCAGAAAGCUCUCUUUGACAUCCUCUCUGAACUCAAGGCUUGGAGCCAUGGACCUGACUAACUCCUCAUCUUCCAGUAGUCCCACCACCACCACCACCACCACCACCACCACCACCACCCACAGCCCGGCUGCGUCCCCGCCACCGCACACUGGUAAAGUACCACUGAUCUUAGCAGGGGGUCUCUCUGUUCCAGAGCGAAGACAGGGGCUGGAGAAGAGGAUGAAGAUGGCCCCAUGGAGAUCUGUAGAGCAGGCCCAGAUGAUCAAGGAGUCUUUGCAAAGUCCUGUCCUGGAGUCUGCACCAGCCGACAAGGCAGGAGACUCUGCAGACAUGUCACCUUGUCGAUCCCCCUCGACUCCCCGGAACCUCCGAUAUCGACAACCUGGAGGACAGGUAGCUGACAGCACCCACUGCUCUGUGUCACCUGCUUCUGCAUUUGCGAUCGCCACAGCCGCAGCGGGACACGGGAGUCCACCAGGAUUUAACAAUGAGAGAACGUGUGACAAGGAGCUCAUCAUACGGAGAUCAGCCACCAAUCGGGUCCUGAAUGUCCUCCGACACUGGGUCUCAAAGCAUGCGCAGGAUUUUGAACUCAAUAAUGAACUCAAAAUGAAUGUUCUAAACUUGCUAGAAGAAGUUCUACGAGACCCGGACCUUCUUCCUCAAGAAAGGAAAGCCACAGCGAACAUCCUGAGGGCUCUUUCACAAGAUGAUCAAGAUGACAUCCACCUAAAAUUAGAGGAUAUAAUUCAAAUGACAGACUGUCCAAAGGCCGAGUGCUUUGAGACGUUGUCAGCCAUGGAGCUGGCCGAGCAGAUCACUCUCCUGGACCACAUUGUUUUCAGAAGCAUCCCCUACGAAGAGUUUCUUGGGCAGGGCUGGAUGAAACUGGGCAAGAACGAAAGGACUCCUUACAUCAUGAAAACCAGCCAGCACUUCAACGAGAUGAGUAACCUGGUGGCUUCCCAGAUAAUGAAUUACACCGACAUCAGCUCCCGUGCCAAUGCAAUAGAGAAGUGGGUAGCAGUGGCGGACAUUUGUCGAUGUCUACACAACUACAAUGGUGUGCUGGAGAUCACCUCGGCCUUAAACAGAAGUGCCAUCUACAGGCUGAAGAAAACCUGGGCCAAGGUGUCCAAGCAGACAAAAGCUCUAAUGGACAAACUUCAGAAGACUGUUUCAUCUGAAGGAAGAUUUAAAAACCUCAGAGAGACUCUCAAAAACUGUAACCCUCCAGCUGUCCCUUACCUUGGGAUGUACUUGACAGACCUGGCAUUCAUUGAAGAAGGGACACCAAACUUUACCGAAGAAGGCCUUGUCAAUUUCUCCAAAAUGCGAAUGAUAUCACACAUUAUUCGAGAGAUACGCCAGUUCCAGCAGACCGCUUACCGCAUAGACCAGCAGCCAAAGGUCAUACAAUACCUGCUUGACAAAACCCUUGUCAUAGAUGAAGAUACACUCUACGAGCUGUCACUCAAAAUUGAACCUCGACUCUCGGCUUGAAGCUCUGGCCUCAUCCCUGAGACCAUUGGGAUUCUGUGGAAAGCGGGUUGCACGUGGCACAGGGGGGACCCAGAGGGACAAUGCCUGCCUCCUUUCACCGCCAAAGAUGGAACCGAACUGUAAAUCUGUCUCCGGCAAGAGUGAAACCCAGCUCCAUGGACCAAAGAGAGAUAAUCUGAGCUCGGGUGGGAAGGUGAGGGAAGCUGAUGGCACAGUUUGCAUACAGGAUGUAAUACAGAGAUGCUGAAAACAAUUGUAAUGAAGUGGAAUGGAGGUAGACCUCCCCUGUCCCAUGUUCUGUUAGGACUCAGGCACGAGGUCCCACAGAGAAGACCUGCAAUGUUUCUUUGUCACUCUGCUAGCCUGGGCACACCUCCACCAAUCCUCUAGGACUUAAUCGCUUCUGUUUCAGUUCCUUUAUGCCAAGCAUCGUGGCCAGGCUGAAGCUUCCUUUCAAGGCCCAGGACAAAAGCAGCUUCAGUACACAGCAUGUGCAUGGUUCUUGGUGUGUUCUCCAUGCCUGGGAGGAGUGGUGUGCUCUGAAAACAGCCGCUUCCAGCCUUUGGGCAACAGAACAGGGAAUGAAAGAUUAAAAACCAAGUGUAUUUGUGGGUAGCAUUUUCUUAAUUACAAGUAUCCAGUAUCCCACACACUCGGAUGGGGGCUUCAUUGUGAGAUUGGUGGCCCCAAGAAGCUGCCCCCUUGGAGAACCAAGAGUGGAGGUUUCAGUAAGAUUGUCAGUCACCUGACCAAACUGUGGAAUGUGCUGUGAAGAGAACUGACUUUUGCUGAGGGAAAAUGUAGGCCUAAGAAUCAUCUUUGCUGGUUUCACUUGUUUCAUUUCUCCCAAAGCACUCCAGAAACAUUUUCUGACGUACACAAACCUGUUAGGGCUUAUUAUGAGCAUUGGCUGUACUUUAAGGUUAGCAUUUUGUGGGGGAUUUCUUUAGAGAGCCCACAGUUGCAUAUGCUGUUGGCAGACAGUCCUUUCUCCUAUCUCAGCCAUCUUUGUUUAAAAUGGUUUUGUGAUCAUUCUGCUUAAGAAUACUGUAAGUGCAUGGAUUACAGUCCGGAGCACACCACAGUUCUUACAGCAGAAAAUCAAAUGUGUG